AUGUCUGCUGCAAACACCCUCUUCCCAUACCUCCGAAAGGACCCCUCUGAACUACCAGAGGGCGAGGAUCCUUUCACCAUCACAACUCGCACAGGAUAUCUGCCUUUCUCACUUCCUUUGAAGAAACUCCCUUCUCAAUUUGAUCCUGUUUCAAACCUUCUUGACGAAAUCCCGAUCCUCAAGGAAGAUGGCACCCCAGGUUUGCUGGCGACUUUUGCUCUUGGGCCUCUCAUCGACAGUGGAGCUCUCCCUGAUUUGACCUCUGAGAUUGAUAAUCUCGUUGUUCCUGGGACGGACAAGAGAGAUAUGGCUGCUAUUACUGCUGCAUUUAGAGAUUACAGCUUCAUUGCUUCUUCCUAUCUCCUUGAACCUUGUUGGGAGACUUAUAGCAAGAGUGAUGAUGGCGGUUACGGACUUGGACGCCAGACACUUCCCAAGUGUAUCGCUGGACCUCUUGUCAAGUGUGCCGAGAUUCUCGACAUCCCCGCAUUCAUGUCUUAUGCCGCUUCCUACGCCCUCUACAACUACUGGCUCGUUCAUCCUGAGCAAGGACACGAUGACUACGAUAACAUCCGUCUCGUCCGCGCUUUCGAAAAAGGUCUCGACCCCAAGUCUUCAGAGGCUGGUUUCAUCCUCACUCACAUUCACAUGGUCGCUCAGACCGGCGGCCUGAUUGAAGGCGCUGUUGAUCUGCUGGCCGCUGUUGAGAAAGACAACAGCACUGCCAAGAUUGCAGAGGCAAAGGCUAGCUUGGAACUCAUCCUCAAUGCCAUGCAGAUCAUUGAGACAAACAUGGAGGGCAUGUGGAGUCAAUCCCUCCCCAAAGACUACAUGACCUACCGAACGUUCAUCUACGGCAUCACCAAGCAGUCCAUGUUCCCUGAUGGUGUUGUCUACGAGGGCCAAUACGACGACAAGCCUCAAUUCUUCCGGGGAGAAUCCGGUGCCAACGAUGCCAUCAUUCCUCUUCUCGAUCACAUCUGCGAGAUCCCCAUGCCCAAGAACCCAUUGACCGACAUCCUCAUCGAGUUCAGAGAGUAUCGACCCAAGCCUCACCGCGCAUUCCUCAAGUAUGUCCGCGAAACAGCGUCCGAAGUCGGUGUCCGUGAUUUCCUCACCAAAUCCGGCGAUCACGGUCUCGCAGUUCUGUACCUUCGCGUCCUCGAUCACAUUCGAAGCUUCCGAUGGCGACACUGGAUGUUUACUCGCGAGUACAUCAUCAAGCAUACUCUUCAUCCUACAGCUACAGGCGGAAGUCCGAUCAUUACUUGGCUUCCUAACCAGCUCACUGCUGUUAUGGACUUGAUGGAGGAGGUUGCAAAGGGAUCCGGUCUCUGGGCAGUUUUGGAGGAGGGGGUUUGGAGUGGUGGGGGAUCUUUGACUCAUGAGGACUAUAUCCUGGUCAAGAAGAUUAUGGAUAAUGUUGUCACCAAGAAGGCUCAGUUGAAGAAGGAGGUUGACAAGUAUUGCCAGGAUCGGGGUGUUUAA